AUGGAAUCAUUUAAAUAAAAAGUAAAGGUUUUCUUUAGCAAAGUUAAGCGACCAGGGCUUUUUCAAGAGCAAAUCAAACUCUUCUUUAACAUGUUUUUUGCUUAUGCAACUCUCCACUAGAUAAGAUCUGGAUGGAGUUUUGCUUCUAAAAAUAUGUAGGAUGAUACUGGAUUAAGUAAUUAAGAUGUAGGUGUGAUAAAUAUGAUUUUCCUUUUAUUCUUAGGAAUAGGUUUUGAAAUAAAUGGUUAAAUAGGUGAUAAAAGGAGUCCUAAGCAUUUUAUUACACUAGGAAUGAUAGGAUCAGCUUCUGCUAUUUUAUUGCUUUGCUUUUCAAGGAUCGCUGGUUCAAGUAGUGUAGUACUUUAUAGUUUUUUCCAAGCAUUGAAUGGUUUCUUUGAAUCUAUGUGCUUUCCAUGUUUAUUGAGGCUUCUUGGUGUAUGGUUUAGUUAAAAAAACAGAGGUUUGAUUGUAAGUUUGUGGACAGGAGGCAAAAAUUUUGGAGACAUCAUGGGAUCAAUUCUAGGAGAUAUUUUGAUGUUUAGAAUGGGUAUUAGUUGGUAUGGAGCUCUUAUCAUAUAUUCAAUAUUGUGUUUAAUAUCAAUGGGGGUAAUCUAUGCUAAAGCUGAAAACAAUCCAGGAGUGAAAGGUUAUUCAAUUAACAAGAGGAUAAACUAGGAAAAGAUAGUCGAUGCUAACUAAAACAAAGAUGAAAUUAUUGAUUAAAGAGCUGAAAAUGUGAAAUAAGAAAUUUAAAUUUAAUAAAAUAAAUAAAAAAGCCAAGAUAUUAACAUUGAAUAAAGUAACAAGUCUUAGAUAGAAUAGCAAAAUUAUAGUAAAGAAAAAGAUUAAAUAGCUCAAUUAGAAGCAGUUUAUGGAGAGGACAACAAUAAUGAGCAGAUAUCUAAUGCAUAAGAUAAUAUUCAACCAUAAGAAUAAGGUGAUGAAAAAUUAAAAACACUCACAAUUAAGCAAGCUUUGAUGAUUCCUGGAGUUCCUUUCUUCAUUUUAGGGUUUAUGUGUUUGAAAUCAUUGAAUUAUGGACUUAUCUUUUGGCUCCCUAAAUACCUUUAAGAUAAUGGACUAGAAGAAUAUAGUGCUUCUAUAUUUGUCAUUUGGAGUAUAGGAGUAUUCUGUGGAGGUAUAACAGGCGGUAUUCUGGGAGAUAAACUUUAAAAAAGAUCUUUUCUGAUGCCACCUUCUUUAUUAUUUUUACUUCUAUUUUUGUUCUGUUUCAGUCAGAUCCCUCUUAACGAAUCAUACGCAGCUCUCUUUAUGAUCUUUGGCUUUCUCAUGGGUGCACUACAAGGUAUUCCUUAUAACAUUAUUUCAGGACCUCUAAUGAUAGACCUUGGAAAACAUCCAAAAUUAAAAGGAAAAGCUCAAGCAGUAGGUACUAUAGCAGGUUUGAUUGAAGGAAGUGGAAGUCUCUGUGCUGCACUCAUACAAUUAGUUAUACCUUCUAUUGGUGAAAAAAAUAUUUUCAUAUUAUUUAUGCUUUCAACUUUUGCAAGCCUAAUUAGCUUACUGCCAGUUGCACUCAAUGACUAUUUAGCUUUUUUGAAAGAAUAAAGAAAACAGCAAAAACUUAAAUAAUAGUAAUAAGAGUAAGAAUAAUAAUAAAAGGAGUAAUAAUAAGGAAAGGAAUUUAUUUAUGGAUAGUAAAAUUUUGCUAAUGAUGUAGAAAAUAAAGGUUAAUAAAGCGAUUUAAAAGACUCUUAAGACUCUGGCUAGAUAUUUAAAGCUAGCUAAAAAGGAGAUAUUAAAUCUAUAAAUUUACAUGAAGAACAAAAAAAUCCAUCUCUCUAGUUAAAUUUACUUAACAAUUAAUAUGAAAAUAAUUAAGUGAAUGAUGUCAUAAAUGGAAAAGCCUAAUAAAAGGCUCCUCUUAACAUAGAAAUGAACUUAUUUGAUGAUGAUAAAAUUCAGAAAGGUAACAAUAAUAAUUUCCAUAAUUUUGAAAAUAAUAUUCAAUAAAAUGGAAAACCCUUCAUUUCUCCAUCAAGCAUUUAAAAUGCAGAUUUUGAAAACGAAAAAGAUUUAUUUAAUUAAUAAGAGCAAGUUUCGCAUCUCAACUAAAUAGCAUUAAAGAUUUAGCAAGAUUAAUAGUUUUAAAAAGCAGAUUUCUUUUAACAACAAAAUGAUCAACUUCCCAAACAGAACGAAGUUUAGAUUUUGGAUUUAGAUGAUGGAGAUUCAAGUAUUAAUUGA